CAGCAACAGGUGGUGCCCUCCCUUCCGCCCUGAUCUGCGGGCCUGAGGCAGGCCCGUACCCUCCCCUCCGCAGGCGCAGGGAAGAGCUGCUCUGAAGGGAAAGAGGAGCCGAACUACAGGAGACCGAGAUGCCUUGGACUCCAGAGCAACCCUCCGGGCACAUGGAGGGGCCCCCUGCUUCGGAGCCGGCCUUUUGGCCCCCGUUGCCCUGUGGGCCUUGCAUCCCCAUCAUGCUGGCCCUGGCCUUCCUGGCCUCCCUCUUCCUCCUCACUACAGCUGUGCUGGCUGAGCGCCUGUUCCGCCGCUCUCUGCCGCCAGACCCCAGCACCCACCCCCCCACCCUGGUCUGGCGCCCUGGAGGAGAGCUGUGGAUUGAGCCCACAGGCACUCCCAGAGAGCGCUCCGAGGACUGGUAUGGCUCCGAGGUGCCCCUGCUGAUGGACCAAGCCCCAGAUCCUCCUACCCUGGGGGGCACCUUGGAGGCCUCAGCAACAGCCCCACCUGCCCCUUCAACUCCACACUCCCCUCCCAACUCCUUUCUUCCCCAGAUCCCACCCAAGGCCCCAGCCCAAAACACCUUCUGGGGACCCCAGACCUGGGAGGAGAGGCCCUAUGCCCCAGGCCUGGUGAGCUGGGCUGAGCCUGAACAGAGGCCAGACACCAGCGUGAAUUUGGGGAGCCCCCAGGCCCGAAGGCAGCGGCCAGGUAGCCCUGAUCCUGAGUGGGGCCUCCAGCCUCGGGUCACUCUGGAGCAGAUCUCAGCUUUCUGGAGGCGUGAAGGCCGGACCAGUGUGGGUUUCUGAAUGUCCAGAGCCUGGAGGACUGGCCUCCCGGAGACCCCUGAGGCCCCAGCCUGGGAACCCAGCCAACACCUGAGAUCCGGGAAGAAGGCCCCAGGCCUUUUACAUCUAGAUUUCAAUUCAGCUGGAUCUGGGUGUGGGUAGGCUGGGUAUGGACAGAGCCUGAGCUUCAGGGGAAGCUCAGAGGUGCCUCUGCUCAGCUGCCCGGGGCAGGAGGCGGGGUGCUCUGGGCCAGAAGCUGCCAAGAUCACAUUCCUGAUGAAAAACUCCAGGGACAGGACAAGCGUGAAACAGCACCACCGCAGUGGCUUCCACCUUCCUUCACUGUGCAUGUAAGACGCCAAUGUCCGGGGAAGGGGCUUCUGGGCGCUGGAGACUGAGUAGUGAUCACGCGUGUCAGUUGUGCUAACAGGAGAUGACGGGAGUCCAGCUUCCAGAACCACACACCUGUUUGGUGUCUCCAGGGAAACAUGAACAGGUCAAGACCAGACAAAGGAGCAUCUUAUGAUAUAUGAACCUUGGCUCUGAUCCCAGCCCACGGCAGUGAACUUGGGGAGCCAAGCUGGAGGGGCCCUCUCUUGCCUUCAGCUGGGACCUAGAGUCAAAGAAAACCAAUGGGCUUCUCUGCCCAUCCUAAGAAGGCCGAUAUAUCCCCACCCUCUGAAUCUUACCCCUCCAGUGAAGGAGGCCUGGGCCAGGACAUCUGAGGCUGAUCCAACCUCAGGGCAGGGCAGCUCCCAAAUGCAGCGUCUGGCCGUCUUCCCUCCUAGCUUGCUGGAGUGUUCCAGAGACAGAUCCCCUCCCCCAUUCCCAGGCAGGCUUACUUAUAGUGCUCCACCUGGGAGAAAUGGAGUCCCCAAAUGUCCUUGGCCUUAUAGCCAUCCAUGUCAGCUGACCUCCUCUUUGGGAGCAGAGCUGGGGGCUGGGGAGAGGCCAAGGAAUUUCCACUCCAAACUGCAGUCGUGAAUGUUAGGAUUUUUGCCAUAUCAGUUUGCCACCUGUACUAUUGUUGACUUUAUAUUUUUCUUUAACUCGGCUUGCUAUUUGCUUAAUAAAUUUAUUUUAAACAGAAUCUUUCUUGUAUCCCCUCUGUAAAUGGAAAACCAGUAUUACUUGCCAUAAAUAGAAGGUAAAAUAAAUACAUUGUAAAUAGACAUUCAGUCCUAAGUAGACAUUGUUCCCUGCUGGAGGCACUGACCCAAAAAACUGAUCUUUCUUUGUUUGUUUUUAAAAAAAAAAAAAAAAAACAGAACUAGAUGAGUCAGCAAGUGUUAGCCAGUCUAGCUGCCACCCUGAGACCACCUCCCUCAGAACUACUGAGUCCUGCAUAGGGAGCAGCAAAGGGACCCUGUGCUACUUAACGCCAGUCAGGGACCUCCAAGCUCACCCACACCGGGCUUGGCCAGCACUCAGCUCUGCUCCGGAGGGCCGGGCAGCACUGGCGCUGGACCUCCCCUCCCGCUUGGGUGCCAGAAGCUGAAGGAGCAGCAGGGAGCGAGAAGCCCCAGGGCUGAAGGACCUCUCCCCAGGUCCUUGCACCUCCCCUGAGGCAGAGCCUGGGGGGGAAGAACCAGACCUGGCACCUGCCUCAAGGAGCUCAAGGUCUCUCUAGUGGCAGGGGUGGGAGUGGAGGGGGUAAGAGAGGAAGGGACACAUAAGUGAUACCAGGUGGGGCUCCUGCCCUAUCUCCGUGAGCUGGGGGAUUUAAUUACAUCACUUCUCAUCACCAUCAGCUGACAGGACUGGAUCGUAGGGACUCUGCCCAUGAGGAGUGGUCAGUGCACCAGGGAAACGGAACAGAGACGCAGUGUUCAGAGCUUAGAUGCCCGCACACCAAGUGCUCAGCAGAAGCAGGACAGGAUAGAGGGGACACUGGAGACAAGGCCCUGGCUCUCAAUCUGGCUCUGUCACCCAUUUACGUGGAGACUUUAGAGAGGUAGAAAGUUGAAAAAGAUGCUCUAUUGGGACUCUUCUAGCUGUGACAUCUCGGGAUGGUAUAAAAGGAAAGAGGGAUGACGUGGAUGAAUGUGAUCUUCCUGAGGCAGAGUCCAACUUGCUAUCCCCAAAGUCACCAUUACACUCCCAGACCCAGAAGCUGGCCUAGAACACAACGGGAGCCCAGGGAAAGAAGAAUGGGCAAGUGGGUGGACUAAGCAUCCGUUUUACCCUUGCUCCUUUCUCUUUAUUUAGACCUCUCCCUCUCCUUUUUAACGCCAUCUUAUUACUUUCUGGCGUUCAGUCCUUCCUUUAUGUCUUUAGGCAUUUGAGAUAUACUUACUGUAUGGUCCUUCACUCAAUCAUUCUGUCGUCUGGAGUUUAGGGAGCUCACACUCAUGCGUGACGAUGGUUUCCUCUUAGGCUUUCAAGUUCUGGGCUGUGAACCGGCUUCAGCAGGGCCUUAGCAGUGGGAUUCCUGUGACCAGUUUGAAGGGAUGUCUCCAGAGAUUCUGUGUUUGCUCCUGCCUGGGAUGCUUCAGGGGUAUUACCAACGUUGGACCACAUUAUUUGUUCCUUUUAUUUGGGCUCUGAAACCAUGGUGUAAACUGGAACCCCAAAUCCAAG